AUGGUUGCUUCAUCGACCGCCUCCAACCUCGAGCGCGAGGACCACAAGCGCGAUGCCGAGUUCAACAAGGCGAUGCACGGCUCCUCUGCUCAGGCUCGAGGUGGUGUCGCUGCCAUGUUCCGAAAGGGCGGUUCUGCUAAGCAGGCCGCCGUCGACGAGUACUUCAAGCACUGGGACAACAAGCCCGCUGAGAACGAGACUGCUGAGGAGCGCGCUGCCCGUACCGCUGAGUACGCCACUUUGACACGACACUACUACAACCUCGCGACCGACCUAUACGAGUACGGCUGGGGCCAGUCCUUCCACUUCUGCCGAUACUCCCUUGGCGAGCCUUUCUACCAGGCCAUCGCCCGUCAUGAGCACUACCUCGCCCACCACAUCGGCAUCAAGGAAGGUAUGAAGGUCCUUGAUGUCGGCUGCGGUGUUGGUGGCCCCGCUCGCGAGAUCGCCAAGUUCACCGGCGCUCACAUCACCGGCCUGAACAACAACGACUACCAGAUCGAGCGUGCUACCCACUACGCCUUCAAGGAGGGUCUGUCCAACCAGCUCACCUUUGUCAAGGGUGACUUCAUGCAAAUGUCUUUCCCUGACAACAGCUUUGAUGCCGUCUACGCUAUCGAGGCUACUGUCCACGCCCCUACUCUCAAGGGCAUCUACAGCGAGAUCUUCCGUGUCCUCAAGCCCGGUGGUGUCUUUGGUGUUUACGAGUGGCUCAUGACCGACGACUACGACAACGACAACCUCCACCACCGUGAGAUCCGACUGGGUAUCGAGCAGGGUGAUGGUAUCUCCAACAUGUGCAAGAUCUCUGAGGGUAUUGCCGCCAUCCACGACUCCGGCUUUGAGAUGCUGCACCACGAGGAUCUGGCAGACCGCCCUGACCCCCUCCCCUGGUACUGGCCUCUGGCUGGUGAGCUCCGCUACAUCCAGUCCGUUGGCGAUGUCUUCACCAUUGUCCGCAUGACCACCUGGGGCCGAACUAUUGCCCACGGCCUGGCUGGUCUCCUCGAGACUCUGCGACUCGCUCCCCCCGGCACCAAGAAGACCGCCGACAGUCUCGCCCUGGCUGCCGACUGCCUGGUCGCCGGUGCCAAGGAGCACCUCUUCACCCCCAUGUACCUCAUGGUGGCCCGCAAGCCUGCUGCGUAA